CGCAAAUGCGGGAGGUUCUCUCUCCAUCCUGCUUGCAUCACUAGGGUGCGAGCAGGAUGCAGGAGACCUGCCCACUCUUCCGGGGGUGCGGGGGGCUACCCCAAAAAACGGGAGCCUCCCGCAGCUUUCGGGAGAGUAGGAUUGUAAAUUACACUCCAGAUUUGCGACCUGCUGAAGUGGAUUGGGUGAUACGUGAAGCCUUGAGGGUGUGGAGCGCAGUGACUCCACUACAGUUCAUACAGCUUCACACUGGGACGGCUGAUCUAAUGAUAUCAUUUGGAAUGCAAGAACAUGGAGAUUUGUUCCCUUUCGACGGGCCCUCAGGGGUGCUAGCUCACGCCUUUCCUCCUGGUGACCACGUAGGUGGAGAUAUCCAUUUUGAUGAUGAGGAAACAUGGACUGUGGAUUCAGGAGAGAUCAAAUUUGUGUCAAAGGAUGAACGUUCUACAAAUAUGAACAUGUUCCAGAUGAAAGUCUGCGUUCUUUUCUGGGGGAUAACACGCGCCAUGCCAAUCCCACAAGACAGACCAUCAGACCAGACAUUCCUUUCAAAUUAUGAUCUGCAGAUUUCCAAGGAUUAUGUGAAUAUGCCGGACGCUGGCAAUCACAAAAGGCAUCUCCGUUCCACUGACAGUCAGCUUUAUACAAUACAGUCUGCUACUAGUUUGUUCUUGAACUGGGACAGUGAUAUGAGGAAAGAUAAUACAAAGGAUCUUCCAAAAUGUGGCGUUCCGGAUGUUGCAGAAUAUACAAACAUACAAAGAGUCUUAAAAUGGCCUUCCGCUAUCAUAUCUUACAGGAUUGUAAAUUACACUCCAGAUUUGCGACCUGCUGAAGUGGAUUGGGUGAUACGUGAAGCCUUGAGGGUGUGGAGCGCAGUGACUCCACUACAGUUCAUACAGCUUCACACUGGGACGGCUGAUCUAAUGAUAUCAUUUGGAAUGCAAGAACAUGGAGAUUUGUUCCCUUUCGACGGGCCCUCAGGGGUGCUAGCUCACGCCUUUCCUCCUGGUGACCACGUAGGUGGAGAUAUCCAUUUUGAUGAUGAGGAAACAUGGACUGUGGAUUCAGGAGGCUAUGGCUUGUUUCCCGUGGCUGUACAUGAGUUUGGCCACUCCCUGGGACUGGACCACUCCAAUAACCCUCACACCCUUAUGUAUCCCAUCUACACGUAUUUCAGUUCUGAAUCCUUCACCCUUCCGGCAGAUGACAUACUGGGAAUACAGAAGCUGUAUGGUUCCAGACCCUCCAGCAUCAUCCUUCCCACCAUUUGUAGCCAGGAACUUCCAAUGGAUGCUGUAGCAUAUUGGCGGAACAGCACACUGAUCUUUAAAGACAGACAUGUAUGGUAUCACCAUCCCAACCUGCCUGAGUCUAAAGCAUUCUUGACCAGCUCCCUCUGGGAAGACUUUCCUGGUUCCAUAGAUACAGCUUAUAACUACCCAGCAGGGGAUACUAUUUAUUUAUUCCAAGGGAGGAAGUUCUGGGCGGUCAAUGGAUCCACCCUGAUAAGCGGAGAACCAGGAGAUAUAGCUAAGUUUGGCUUCCCGGAGAACGUGAGCAAAAUAGACGCAAUGUUUCACGAUGCAAGGAAAGAGAAAACCAUCUUCUUUACUGGAGACCUGUGCUGGAGCUUUGAUGAAAGACAUAACCUGAUGGAACGUGGAUUCCCUGUGUCUCUGGAGUCACAGUUCCCCGGCGUAGGGAAUAAAGUAGAUGCAGCCUAUGCACAUGACGAUGGUUACAUCUACUUUUACCGGGAAAGAACGCAGAUUGUGUACGACCCAAGGAAUAAUUAUAUUUCAGAUGUCUCCGAGAAUUUCUCACACUUGUGUUAACAAUUUCUCUAUUCCUCAGCUGUAUCUAAUAGCAGGUAUUAUUUAUAUGCCAGACACAUAUGUGCUUAGUAAAAUGUUCAAUUAUACUCAUUUUAUAAUAAAACAUACCCCCUCUA